GGGAACACCACCGUUUGUUUACUCUCUAUAAGAGCAUUGUUAGCUCAUCACUUAUGAUUAUGCAAAAUCUGAAAUUGUAAACUCUCUCUAGAAUCUUCUAGACUUUAUCUUCCUCAUUGUUUUGUUGAAUCUCCAUUGGAGAUUCUUACAGAUGAGAUGUUGAGACUGCGUUUUUCUAUGAACGUUGUGUCAAAUCUAUCGGUUACUUGUUCCUUUUGAAUCUAUUUGAUCUUUUGAUUCUAAUCUCUGGAUUACGUUAUCACUGGUAUCAGAGCUAUCGCAUCCUUGGAAAAAAUGGUGGAGUCACGAUUUGAGAUGUUAUUCAAGGAAACAGUGGGUCAUGGAGCGGCGGAGAUGAGCUCUCAAUCGGACUCGAGUUACGCCGAUCAUACCAGGAGACUGAAGGAAUUGAGGAGUAUCAUGCUCGUUUUGAGUUGAUUAGCAUUGAAGUGGAAUUAGCUGAAGAUUACUUGGUUGAUAUCUACUUGGCAGGGCUUAGAAAGGAUACUCAGACGAAUGUUAAAAUGUUUCAACCUAAGUCUAUUCAACAGUGCUUAGUGAUGGGAAGGUUAUAUGAGAAAGUUCAAGCUCAUCAGAAAAGAGAGGUUGUAAAAAAAAAGAGUGAUGAUUCUAAGAAAGUAUCUCAGUCUCCAAAUGUUUCAAGCACAGUUGAAGGGGCUUCUUUGAAUAACUCUCCAGUGCAUCAUUACUUACCUACAGACAAAGAAUCGUCUAAGGAGAAACAAUCUCUUCAGCAUGAGGUUUCUGUUGAUGUGGAGAGCUUGUUGCAGCAAAAAUUGGAGACAAAAACCUUGAAUCAAGAUAAGCAUGAGUUGUGUGUAUCACCUGGUGAUCUUCCGAAUGUAUCUCAGUCUUUCAAUGUUCCAUGUGAAUCUAUGAGUAGGUUGAAGUGUUGGAAGUUUAAGUUCAAACCUGAAAUAGUGGCUAUUAAACAACAACACAAUCAGGUACUUUCUUUCUUGGAACCAAGCAGUAGCUGUCACAAGGUAGCAAUGGUUGUUGUUGAUGAUUUAUCAUCUGAUCUUAGUGUCAUGGCUGGAAAUGGUAGAGAACUUACUGUUUUUCAAGUUGAAUGGUCUGUUAAGGAAGAGUUUGUAAACAAAUUGCAGACAGAACUAGAUAUAUCAGUGAGGGACGAGAUCAGUGAAGAAAAAUUCUUCACUCAUUCGCAUCAGGCUGAGCAUGUAUGGGAACCAGGGGGAUUAUCCGCUAAAGAAAAUCAGUGGGACUGGCAAAAACAAGGAUCUAUUGUACAAGGGAGAUAUGAACUGCAGAAGCAAACUCUACAAGACCUACAACAAUUUACAUUUGGUGAUGAGCAGUUCCAAAUAAAGCAUAAAUGGAGAACUGAGUGUGCUCGUCAUCGGUUGCGGCACCGGCAGAAGAAGGGAAAGGGAUCCAAAUCUUGGAAUUUUAAAUUCAAGCUUGAAAAAAAGAACAUACAGCACCAUCAUAAUCAGAUCCGACCUGCAUCACAAGACUUUUUUAAACGGAACUUGAGAGGUUAUCAAGGGGACAGAGUGCAGUGGAUGUUUCAAUAAUCUCUUAUGAUGCAAGAAGAACCUGCUUUGGAGACACUUCAGAGACAUAAGCUACUGGUGUUUUUAAUUAAGAGUCUUUGUGUGCAGUUUGCAGUAGAAACAGAAGAGGGAAUAAAUACAGAUAAGAUGAGCAAAGAUCAUAAGCAACAAGGAGGUAAGCUAUCUGCUGUAACUUUUAGCUGGGUUGCUGCAACAUUGCAGAGUAUUUCAGAGGAUGCCCACAUACAAAGAAGGUGCAGAAUGUGGUUGAGACAAACUUUACAAGAUCUGCAACAGUUUAUACAUGGUGAAGUGACUGAUCAAAUUAAGCACAAGUGGAGAUUCAAGCUUUUACAUAUAGUUUCAGAGUUAGUCUUCAAUUUGGAGAGUGUUGCAAUAUCACCUGCAAAAUAUCUUGUGCAGAAGCCAUUAGUUAAGGUGGCAGGUAAAUGUAAAGUGGAGCUGCAACAAAUGAUCAUGGCUUUGAAUAUUCAUAUGCAUUUUGGGAUUGCAAGUCACUAUGUGUGGCAUCGUUGCAAAGCUCCAUCUUCACAGAAUUUUGACGGUCAAGUUUGGGAUCCUGGAGGUUCAGUUUCAAUAAUCUUUGAUUCAAACUGAAGUUACAAUGGAGUUGUUAGCUGCAAGUCAAGAUCCAUGUACUGUUUUACAACUGAACCUUGUGGUCAAGAUUCUUCGAACAGGGGGGCUUUGAUAUAGUAUAAUGGGAGUCUGCACGUGUGGUCAAAGAUAAGAAGAAGAAGUAAAGCACGUGAGAAAAGGCAGCUGGAGUCGUAACGGAAUAAGAUUGUCAAUGUCACGGAACGGGAACACCACCGUUUGUUUACUCUCUAUAAGAGCAUUGUUAGCUCAUCACUUAUGAUUAUGCAAAAUCUGAAAUUGUAAACUCUUUAGAAUCUUCUAGACUUUAUCUUCCUCAUUGUUUUGUUGAAUCUCCAUUGGAGAUUCUUACAGAUGAGAUGUUGAGACUGCGUUUUUCUAUGAAACAGUGGGUCAUAUCACUUACAUAUUUCAGUUUU